AAGAAAACUCGUUUUACUACUUUAGCACUACUCAAAACACUUCCUUUCUCCCACGCGUUUACCCCUUUCGCUCUGCAAAUUCGUCGGUCAUCUUUCUCAAAAAACUCCAUUUUCAUUUCUCACAAAAAUCUCUCUUUUUAUCCUUUCUAUAUUUGCUAAAACUUUCACAUUUUUAGCUUUAUCUCUUCACUACAACUAAACUUAUCAAUACAUCUACUCUUCUUUUGUUCCACAGUAUAUCUACCUUUUUUUUGUGUCUUCAUCAAAUGAAAUUGAAUCAGAUCCAAUUAAUACUAAAAAUGUUCUCAAAAUCACUUCUUGUUUUCACUAUCUUCAACCCUUAGCAGAUCCAUUCUCCUUUCUAAAUAACAACAUCUCCACUUUUUUAACCCUUUAUAUCUCCAAAUUCUUGAUUUUUUUUUUUUUUUGUAUUUUAACUCUAUAUAGUUUUCUGUUUCUGGGUUUUGUUUUUGGUGAGAUUUUGAGUUGUGGGUAUUUAUUAGAUUUUAAAAAAAAUGUCGGUUAUGAAGAAUACAGGCCAAUUCUUUACAAUUGGGUUAGUAACAGCUUGGUAUUCAUCAAACAUUGGGGUUUUAUUACUAAACAAGUAUUUACUAAGCAAUUAUGGGUUUAAAUAUCCAAUUUUUCUUACUAUGUGUCAUAUGACAGCUUGUUCUUUACUAAGUUAUAUAGCAAUUGCUUGGAUGAAAAUGGUCCCAAUGCAAACUAUAAGAUCUAAAGUUCAGUUUUUAAAGAUCUCUGCUUUAAGUCUUAUUUUUUGUACUUCUGUUGUUAGUGGAAAUAUAUCACUUAGAUACUUGCCAGUAUCUUUUAAUCAAGCUAUUGGUGCUACUACACCUUUUUUUACUGCUGUAUUUGCUUAUUUGAUGACAUUGAAGAGGGAGGCUUGGUUGACUUAUGUCACUCUAAUUCCGGUUGUUACCGGGGUUGUUAUCGCCAGCGGGGGUGAACCAAGUUUUCAUCUAUUUGGAUUCAUAAUGUGUGUCGGUGCAACAGCUGCAAGAGCACUCAAGUCAGUGCUUCAGGGGAUUUUGCUGUCUUCUGAAGGGGAGAAGCUGAAUUCCAUGAACCUUCUACUCUAUAUGGCUCCUAUAGCAGUUGUAUUUCUAUUACCAGCAACACUUUUAAUGGAAGAAAAUGUAGUUGGCAUCACAUUGGCACUUGCAAGAGACGAUAGUCGAAUCAUCUGGCUUUUGCUAUUCAAUUCUGCUCUAGCAUAUUUUGUAAAUCUGACCAAUUUUCUAGUGACAAAACACACCAGUGCCCUGACACUUCAGGUCCUGGGAAAUGCAAAAGGAGCUGUAGCUGUUGUCAUCUCAAUCUUAAUAUUUAAAAACCCGGUGUCAGUUACAGGGAUGCUCGGCUAUGCACUUACAGUUUUCGGAGUCAUACUCUAUAGUGAAGCGAAGAAACGUAGUAAAUGAAACAUUGAAAAUUAUCCACUUGAAAUGGUUCAACUUUCGCGAGGCAAAUCGGAUCAUGCUCUUUUGCAGUAGGUGCCACGGAUUUUUUCCUCAAAUAUUGUAUCUUUUGCUUGGAACCUGUGAAACAGGGUUCCAUCUGUAUCAGCCAAGAGACAAGAAUAGGCUGAAUAGCAAGUCUUAAGAAUUGACUUGAUUUGUCUAUCCAUUCUUCCCUGGCUUGGGUAGUAUAGAUAUCUUUUGUCUUAAUUCUUUCAGAAAGAUUGUAAAAUUGGGACUACAACACAAUAUGUUACUAUAGUUGUCAAAUUGAUUUAUUAAUCAAAAGAAUCUCAAAUUA